GUUGACAAAGCCCCGCAGGGAAGGACGCCUCGCGGCGCGGCGCCCCGGGCCCCUCGCCCCGCCGCCCCGGGACCCCGGCCCCGGCCUCCAGCCCCUGGACUCGACCCCUCCUCCCGCGCUGCCUCCGGACACCCGCCUCGGCGCCGGUCCUGGCCCGAGCCGCCCGCGCCCAGGUAGCGCCGCCCCGUCCCGAGGCCGGGCCCGGGGGCGCGGGGCGCCGGGGUGCGGCGCCCGGGGCGGCGAUGACCGCGCAGCGCGUCCCGCGGGCCCGGCCCUGAGCCCCGCUGCCUGCCUGCCCCGCCGAGGUCCGGACGGGCCAAGAUGACGCCCAGCCCCACGUUGUUGCUGCUGCUGCCGCCGCUGCUGCUGGGGGCCCUCCCGCCGGCCGCCGCCGCCCGAGGCCCCCCAAGGAUGGCAGACAAGGUGGUUCCAAGGCAGGUGGCCCGGCUGGGCCGCACUGUGCGGCUGCAGUGCCCCGUGGAGGGAGACCCACCGCCGCUGACCAUGUGGACCAAGGAUGGCCGCACCAUCCAUGGCGGCUGGAGCCGCUUCCGGGUGCUGCCCCAGGGCCUGAAGGUGAAGGAGGUGGAGCGGGAGGACGCCGGCGCCUAUGUGUGCAAGGCCACCAACGGCUUCGGCAGCCUCAGCGUCAACUACACCCUCAUCGUGAUGGAUGAUACUGGCGCAGGAAGGGAGCAUCUGGGGCAUGACGGUGCCUCCGGGGGCCAGGAGGAUGCAGCCAGCAAGCAGUGGGCACGGCCCCGCUUCACGCAGCCCUCCAAGAUGAGGCGUCGUGUGAUCGCUCGGCCUGUGGGCAGCUCCGUGCGGCUCAAGUGCGUAGCCAGUGGGCACCCACGGCCCGACAUCAUGUGGAUGAAGGACGACCAGGCCCUGACGGGCCUGGAGGCCGGGGAGCACAGGAAGAAGAAGUGGACACUGAGCCUGAAGAACCUGCGUCCUGAGGACAGUGGCAGGUACACGUGCCGUGUGUCCAACCGCGCAGGCGCCAUCAAUGCAACCUACAAGGUGGAUGUGAUCCAGCGGACGCGCUCCAAGCCCGUCCUCACGGGCACGCACCCCGUGAACACGACCGUGGACUUUGGGGGCACCACAUCCUUCCAGUGCAAAGUGCGCAGCGAUGUGAAGCCGGUGAUCCAGUGGCUGAAGCGUGUGGAGUAUGGUGCCGAGGGCCGCUACAACUCCACCAUCGAUGUGGGCGGCCAGAAGUUCGUGGUGCUGCCCACGGGGGAUGUGUGGUCGAGGCCCGACGGCUCCUACCUCAACAAGCUGCUCAUUGCGCGCGCACGCCAGGAUGAUGCCGGCAUGUACAUCUGCCUGGGGGCCAACACCAUGGGCUACAGCUUCCGCAGUGCCUUCCUCACCGUGCUGCCAGACCCCAAGCCACCAGGGCCCCCCGUGGCCCCCUCGUCCUCGACCACCAGCUUGCCAUGGCCCGUGGUCAUCGGCAUCCCGGCUGGCGCCGUCUUCAUCCUUGGCACCGUGCUCCUGUGGCUCUGCCAAGCCAAGAAGAAGCCGUGCACACCCGGGCCCACCCCGCCUCUGCCUGCACACCGCCCGCCCGUGGCCGCCCGCGACCGGGCCGGGGACAAGGACCGUCCCAUGCCCCCCAGCCUCGGCCCUGCCCCUGGUGUGGGGCUGUGCGAGGAGCUCGGGCCUCCAGCGGCACCCCAGCAUCUGCUGGGCCCGGGCCCAUCUGCCGGGCCAAGACUUUAUCCCAAACUCUACACGGAUGUGCACACGCACACACACACACACACGCACUCGCACACGCACUCGCAUGUGGAGGGCAAGGUCCACCAGCACAUCCACUACCAGUGCUAGCCAGUGCCACAGGGUGGGGCUCCU